GUUUUUACAUUGAAAUUUGUAAACAAUGUUCUGUUUCAGCAUGUCAGUUUAGCAACAACAACAAAAUUACGAAGAGUAAUGUAAUGAAGAAUAUUUGUGUACUUCUUAAUAGUUGUUAAGUUAAAUUUAUGAGGAGUUGAUACCAACUGUCACCAACAUGAUGUCUACUGGCAGUGAUUCUAAUGUCACCUUGUGGGUUAAAUCAGAGCUUUUUAGUUAUGGGGCUCUACCAAUAGCUCCUCAUCCCAGACUAACAUUUAAUAAUAUAAAGAAAAUUGUCAUAUAUGCUAAAAAUAAAGGAGAGUCUUGUUUUCCAAAAAUAAGUUAUUCUGUAUGGAGACACAUAGCUUGUAACAAACUUCUGUUGACAGAAGAUCUAGCAUGGAUGUAUUUCCACACUUGCCAUUUGUUUAGUGAAGACCUGUCCCCUGUUGAGAGGAUGGAAUGGGAUCAAGAAAUGUCAAAUUGCUCAACGAAACAAGAAAGAGAUCAGCUGAAAUCCAGAGUAAAAGUGAACACAUUGAAAUUUGUUUUGUAUUUAUAUGUACAACAGAUACAUAAAGUGUCCUUGAAAGCUUCACUUGUGGCUGGUGAUGAAUGGCCCACAACAAGAAGUAGUUCACCAGAUCUGGAUGGUACAGGGCGAUCUACACCAAGAGGAAAUAAAACUUUAGAUGACCACAGUCAUUUGGUAUAUAUACAGAGCAAUAUGCAUGAAAUACUGGAACUUCUCGUAGAUCCAGAGUCUUAUAACAGAAACAAUCCAUCAGAGUCCUUGGUUUCUAUACAGGCAUUGUCAGCAAUAAGUUUUCUCAUAGCUGGUUCCAUUGAUAAAUGCAAAUCCCUUUUACCUAUUCAAGAUAUAGCAGUGUUACAAACAGUGCAGCAUAGAACAGGUUACUCAAAGCUAACAAAAAGUUUUACCCUAAGACCUUUACAGCUAUGGAUAAAGGAUUGUUUGGUUCAAAAUAUGUUUGGUAUAUCAGCCUGUAUAGCAAGUGGUCGUAGAUUGUCUUGGGCAGGAGCAGGAGAGGAAAAGGAUGUUAAAUCAGAAACAAAGAAAAGAGGAAAAAUAGCCACAAAUGCUCAUGUCGUGCCAAAAGAACACAUUAAAGGAAACAAAAUCAUAAUAAUGAGUCAGGUCAGCAAACAAACGAUUGGACGAAGUUCCAAUACAUUAGAGAAUAGCAGUGUGAAGAUACACAGAUGUCAUUAUUCUUACCUUUAUUUACUGUCCCCUCUCAGAUCAGUUACAAUAGAAAAAUGUAGAAGUACAACUAUAGUUCUAGGACCUGUAGAAACCACAGUCUAUCUAAGUCAUUGUGAGAAGGUUACAUUGAUAGCACCCUGUAGAAACAUUAUGAUCAGCGGCAGUACUCUCUGUAGUUUAUACACACUUACACCAAACCGACCAGUAAUACUAGGUGGGAAUGACACAAUACUUCUAGCUCCAUAUCACACAUUCUAUCCUAGCAUUGAGGAUCAUAUGAACAAAGUAGGAAUAGGGAAUUCUAAAAACCUCUGGGAUCAGCCAUUAUGUGUUGGACCAGACCACAAAGAUGAGGGACCAGUAUGGGAAUUGUUACCUGUUGCAGAAUUCUUUACCUUUAACAUACCAUUUGAAGUGGAAGGAACAACUACAAGCAUUCCAGGAGGACUACCAAAUAAAUAUCAGAAAGCUGUGACUCAGAGACAGAAACAAAUUGACAGCUGGCAGAAAACUGUAAAAGAUGCUGGACUGAAUAAACAGCAGAGGAAAGAGUUCCAGGAAUUAGUAGAAUCUAGGUUCCAUGUAUGGUUAGCAGAGACAAACUACAAAAGAGAACUGGAUAGUUUAGUUGUACCACCACCAUCAACAACAACAUGAACUUGAUGGCUGCUAAUGGAUUAUUCAAUUAUAAAUUAUGGCAUCUUCAACAACUUGAAAAGUGUAUAACAGCUAUAAGCCUCAUUGGUGCAUAUAUACAACAACAGCAGUCCAAAAACACAGAUAUUGAGUGUCAAUUGUUACUUUGACCAUUAUGUUAAGAACAGUGCUGUGUUUAUUAUAAGGUUGUGCAAGAAAUUCCUAAAUGAGAAACCGUCCAUUAUAUUUAUAUAUUUUUCUGCCAUCAUAUCUGUUAAAUUUUUACAAUAUAUCAUUAUUUAUUUUUUAAGGUUCAUGUAAUGUCCAAAUAUUACUAGUUUCUUACAAUUUUUUACUGAUUUGCUUGCUGAGGAUUUUAUUUUCCCAGGAAUUGAUUACUUUAGCCAUAUUUGGCACACCUUUUUGGAAUUUUGGAUCCUCAAUGCUCUUCAACUUUGUACUUGUUUGACUUUAUAACUAUUUUGAUCCAAGAUCCACUGAUGAGUCUUAUGUAGAGGAGAUGUGUGUCUUGCAUGUUAAAUUACAAUCCUGGUAAAUAUACCCCUCGAUAAAAAAUUUAAUCUCCUACUUCCAUUAAGUAGAUUUGUCAUUUUCUCUUAUAAAUUUUAAAUAUUUCUUUUGUUUUUUUAAAAAUAUCACGCUAUCAAGGAUAUCUGAAUGGUUAUCACCUAUGUAUGGAGAACAUGGUAAAUAUAUUAUUUGUGUCUCAGUUUUAUAGAUCUCAUGACAUGUUAUUAAUAUUAUGAUUCAUAGAAGUAUGAGUAAUUAUACUGUGAUAGAUGUACAAUUUUCUGUCUCAAGCUCUGUGUUGUAAAGUCCAGACCAAAUUUGUAAUCUGUACAAAUCUUGUUAACUUGCAAUGUGUUAAGCACAUUAAAAUUCUACUGUA